AUGGACUUCCGCAGACUGGCAAAAGCCUUGCCAGCAACCACCAACCUUCCACAACCCAACGGCACCGAACCCCUCGCCCUCUCAGACCUCCCGCCGAACCUCCUCGAAGCCCUCAUCCCCGGCUAUGGAGUCAUCUCGCGCUACUUGACCGCGAUCCUUGGUGUCGACAUCUCCAUUUUCGUCUCCGUCGGCUUGAUCGUCCUCGCUCUCACCAAAGCCGGGCAGUUUCUCGCCCAGCGAGGUGAGGAAGCGUUUCGAGCUGUGUUCAUGUCGUCUGUCUUUAUAGAUGAACACGACGAUCUCUUCGAUAUGGUCAUGGGCUGGUUGUCCGAACACCAAGGCUCUGCAUCGAGGCGGUCCGUCCGUGCGAAGACGCAGCAUGGUUCCAAGGCCGAUGGACAGCUGGAGGAAUCUGGUGAUGCGCUGGAUGAUCGUGGCAUGUUCGAUUACAACAAGUGGAGCGCGAGGACGCCGCCGCGAUUUGAGCCGUACUACGGCAGGCACAUGCUUUGGUACAAGGGUCGCUUCUUCCUCUUUCGCCGCUCGCAGAGACCCUCGAUAGGCCAGCGGUUGCAAGUCCAGUUCGGCAGCCAGCAGGAUGAUGAUGUUCUGCAGCUGGAUUGCAUCGGCCGCAGCACGGAGCCAAUUCGAGAUCUGCUGCGCACGAUCAAAAUCUGGUCGUUGAACAGGUUACGCAACACGACUACGAUUCGCCACCCGACUCCAAAGGACCGGGCUCGUUUCGGUGGAGCGUGGAGCAAGACUUCGUCGAGGCCUUCCCGUCCGAUGGAGACGGUCAUUCUUGACACUGAGCAGAAAGCGGGUGUUAUCAAGGAUAUGAACGAGUACCUUCAUCCGUCUUCGCCGAAGUGGUAUGCGACUCGUGGGAUCCCGUAUCGACGUGGAUAUCUUUUCCAUGGACCACCUGGCACGGGCAAGACGAGUUUGAGCUUUGCGCUUGCUGGUAUCUUUGGACUCGAGAUCUUCGCUAUUAGCUUGCAGGAGCCGACCUUGACAGAAGGUGACUUGAUGCAGCUGUUCAACAGUCUUCCCAGACGCUGUAUUGUUUUGCUGGAAGAUGUGGAUGCUGCUGGACUGGUUAGAGAUGUUCAGAGUGGUAAGUCUGAUAAGUUUAAGAGAGGCAAAGACGGGAAAGAAGCCAAGAAGGAUGAUGAGAAGGCGGAUGAGAGCAAAGGCGCAAAGGAGAAGCCAAAGAAAGAGGAAGAGUACACUUUGAAGGAUCUGGCGAAGGAGCUCAAGGCUCUCAAUGCACCGACUUCCAACUCCUCCGACUCGAAACCGAAGAAGCGAACAAACAACAACAACUCAAACGACAACUCCGGAUCCGGGAUCUCGCUUUCUGGUCUUCUGAACGCCAUCGACGGCGUUGCGACUCACGAAGGGCGUGUCCUCAUCAUGACAACGAAUCAUCCUGAAAAGCUCGACGCCGCCUUGGUACGACCAGGUCGAGUCGACCGUCGAGUCGGAUUUAAGCUCGCGAUGAAAGAGCAGAUCAGCGAGCUCUUCAUAAGAAUGUACGCCGCAUCAGACCAAAUACCAGAGACCAUCGACCCGAGUCUGAACCACACCCUCGCGAACGGUCAUGCCAAAGCAAAUGGUCACACCAACGGCAAGCCCGUCGCGAACGGUCACCCAGAAAACCAGCUCGCAGGCAUGUCCGAGAAGAACCUCGAAGAACUGGCUCUCGAGUUCGCUGGCCAUAUUCCAGACGACACGUUCACGCCGGCGGAGAUCCAGAACCAUCUGAUGAGGUACAAGAAGGAGCCUCGCACGGCUGUGGAGUUGGCGGAGAAGUGGGUGACGGAAUUGUUGAAGGAAAAGGAAGAUUCGGCGAGGGCGGAGGAUCAGGCUGAGGGAGAGGAUGAAGAGGAGUGA